UCCAUGAUAUAUUAUUGAUAUGUUAGUUAUAUCAUGAUUCAUGGUGAGUACAUGUCAUGAGUUCAUGACAAUUGACUACGUGAGACGCAGACUUUGAGGUUCACCGAAAUUGUUUGAAUGAUUCGAUGCCAGUCCAUCAUAAUUAAUGUUUAUUACUAGUUACUACCAGAAUAUUGUAUGAACUAUGUUUAACGAUGGCACCACAAAAUAAUGAUAUGGUGAUUUAUAUCAGCGAUCAGCUUAUUUUAUGAAUCAUAUAUUUAGUAUAAAAAACACUGUCCGAUACUUCGAUGACUGCCAUUCAGUAUUCGUAAUUAGACAAAGAAAAUACUAAUACGGUAGCUGUUUCAUGUGCCUUGGAUAAUGUUUGAGUGAAGCCCGACUUCCGUUUUAAUCUCGCGGGGAACCAUCAGUUUGACGGAUGUUUCAUUACUAGCAGUCUGUUGUAGUCAUCGUAGAUUCGUAGCAGUUCAACGAUGCCUGAAAAUUUCGCUGAUCUGGUAGCUAGGCUAUGUCUGGAGAAAUUUGACCAGCUUCCGAACAAGGGCAAACCGAUGUCCGGUAAACAGUGGACGCUGUUGUCAGGCGUCGUACAGGCUGAGAAUGACUCGAGACCGCCGAAAGUCGUCUCUCUGGCUACUGGCACCAAGUGCAUUGGUGCUAGUAAGCUGUGUAGCAAAGGUACUGUGGUCAAUGACAGUCAUGCCGAGGUCUUGGUACGCAGAGGUCUGUUGCGGUAUUUCAUCCAAGAAAUCGAAUCGGCUCGUAAAGGCAGUCCGUCGAUAUUUGUACAGGACUCAGCGCUUGCUGAUGAGGAUUGCCGACCGGAAAACCAUUCGGAUAGCUCAUGUCCUCUAACUUUACGUCCAGGCGUCACUUUUCACUUUUUCUCUAGUCACACGCCGUGCGGUGACGCGUCGAUAUUUCCAAAAAACGUGGGUAAACGGGCGGCCGUAGACGACGACGACGGUAUCGGACCGGAAGCAAAAAGACCCAAAAUCGACGACGCCAACGACAUACAUCGGACUGGAGCUAAAUGUCUUAGCGUUGAGACGAGGCAGGACCCUCAACUUCCGGGCGCUGCAUAUCAUGUGGUCGGAGCGGUCAGGACCAAACCGGGUCGAGGAGACCGGACGUUGUCCGUCUCGUGUAGCGACAAAUUGCUCAGGUGGCAUUUGUCGGGCGUACAGGGAGCUUUGUUGUCGCUGCUCAUCGAACCGGUGUACUUGUCUUCGCUGACCAUUGGCGGCGGUUGUCCAUACUCUGAGCCGGCCCUGCGCCGAGCAAUUGUUGAACGGGCGAACUGCCCCGACGAAGAUCGAUCGCCAUCGAUUCCACUGCUCAGACUGGCACGUUCUGCUUUGGAAUUCGAAUACGCCAAACAUCGCGUGGCCGCUAGUUGCAAGCCGUGUCCGUCCAGUGUGGUCUGGUGGGAAGACGAUUGCGGCGGUGGUGGGGUAGGUGGCACGAACGUGGCAGGGGGUCGUCAUGAAGUGUUGGUAAACGGCCGCAAACAGGGCGCGACGAAAAAGGCGGUGGACGGAAAGGCGACGGGUUCGUCGGCGUUGUGCAAAAAAUCGCUGUUCGACGCGUGCCGACAUCUUUUGGCCGGCGAUGGAGGAACCGAAGGCCGACGGCAAGUCAGCUACGCACAGGCCAAGUCGGGCGCCACGUUGUAUCGACGCCGAUGGGCCGCCAUUAGGCGUCAGUUGGGCUGCUGGACGGUGAAACCAGAAGAUUUAUUGGACUUUACAUGACAUGCGGUAAUGAUCUACAAAUGUUUUUUAGCAACCUCAAAUUUCAUCAAGUAAAACUGUCAUCACGCAAUACCGAACGAGUAACAACUGACCAAAAGAUUCGACUGACAGUAGUAAAUAUCGUAUAUUAUCAAUUUAUUUUACUAGUGACUCUAAAAUUAAGUAGGUCUGCUUGACAUAUUCUUCCGUUAUUUAAAAAUAAAUAGAAUAUUAAUCAAACAACAUCCGUUAUCGAUAGCGAUACGUCAAUCUCAAAAUGUAUAUACUUUUUUAAUAAAAUAUAAGUUAUUAUUAUAAUAAUGUUACUUCCUCUGCGCAAUAACCAUCACAACCUAUCGGCAGCGGUCCAUUUUGAAAUAAUAACAUAUUGUUCGAUACUAGCGCGUUCGAUAUCGCAGUUGAGGUACCGACCGCCGCCGAUAACAGGUACGUCGUCGUGGCACCCGUAAAUCAUCAAAACUUCCCCUAACAUAUCUUAAUUUUAUGUACCCGAUUUGUAUCCAUUUGUACCCUCCUUAAAAAAAUGUGUACCCCUCUCCUUUUAACGCAAAACCAAAUUCCCCGUCCGGGUGCUGAAACGACGUCGUCCUGGCACCCGGAACCAUCUGCAGGAGUCAACCGAUCGUUUUCGGACCUAUCUCAUUUUUUUGUACCCGAUUUGUAUCCAUUUAUUUGUACCCUCCUAACACACCUGCAGUCACCGUUCGAUCGUCGAACAUAUAGUCCACACACAUUUGCCCUGACACGCGUGGGCUUUCGUUUGUAUUCAAAUAAAGUAAAAAAUAAUAGGAAACGUGAAUUAUUGCAUUAAUUUCACACCCAACACAAAUAUUAGUUCAAAGUUCAGCCAUAGCACUUUUCGUUUAAGUACCAACCUACUUUCCAUUAACAACAGGUAAUAAAGUAUUAUUUAAUUUAGAAUAAAAGUGGUGAUUUUAUUUUUAUAUUAAUAAUAAAUGUAAUUUUACUUAUUAAAAUAUACUAUACUGUUAUUGAUUUAUUGUAUAUUUAUACUUCCGCUUACAGAAUCAUCAUAGUGCUUAAAAUUGUAUGCAUUUUCAUCACAUAAUAAACAUACUACAUAGCUGGUUUCAAUAUUAUAUUCAUCGGUCGAUGAUAAAUAAUAUG